AUGGCUCUUCAUUCUGUAUUUCUUGUUUUCUUAGCUGGCCUGGCAUUUUGUUCCGAAGCUGCACCAUCGGACCCUCCUGACCCCAAGCAGCCUCUUUACAUAAAAGUUCUGGAUUCGGUCCGAGGAAGUCCAGCUCCAAAUGUUCCAGUUAAGUUGUAUAAAGAAUCUGCAGACGGAGCUUGGGAACUGUUAAAUUCAAAACAAACCAAUGACAAAGGAGGCCUCCCUGAAUUUACAACUAAAGAAAAAUUUGUAGCAGGAGUAUACAAGAUUGAGCUUGACACAGCCUCUUAUUGGAAGAGUCUGGGCUUGAAUCCCUUCCAUCACCAUGCUGAUGUAGUGUUCACAGCUAAUGAUGCUGGGUAUCGACAUUACUACAUUGCUGUUGUCCUCAGUCCCUUUUCUUACUCAACUACAGCAGUAGUCAGUGAUCCAGUGGAAUAG